CUGAUUUGUGAAUAAAUGCAAUCAAAAUGUAUACACUUUAAACCAAUAUUUAUUUGAAAUUAUAUAUAAAAUGUUAUUUUGAACGACAUUGCUUUCAGUAAACAAGUUAAAAAUUGUUAGUUAUAUAAUGUAAUCUAUUAAAAUGUAUCGUGCAAAUCAAAAUGGACAGCCCCAAAGGGCAAAUACUGAACCCAUUCAUCAAAAUCGAAUUAAUGGAAGACAACCUCCUCCUGUAAAUAUUCCAAUGACAGUUUCUGAACAAUUUAGAGAAUCAUGGUUAACUGCUAUUAUUGGUCUUAUUAUGUUUGCAACUGGCAUGUGUCUUUUAUUUUGGAAUGAGGGAAGGGCAGUGAAGGUAGCACAUUCUUUAGAUGAAGCUUUACGUAAUGUAGCAGUACUUCCAAACGCAAUGAAGUUAUUACCUGAAUAUGAAGGACGUUUAAUACAUUUAUCAGGCCCAUUGAAAAUAUCUGAACCAUUAACUGAACCUGAUUAUGGUGUAAUUGUGUCAAGUGUGAAAUUAAAACGAAGAGUUCAGAUGUACCAAUGGGUUGAAAUAGAAGAAGAAAGAAGUUUUGGAGGAGUAACAGAAGAAGAAAAACAUUACUAUUACACAACAGAAUGGAAGGACAAACUUAUUGAUUCAGAUCAUUUUUAUAUUAGAACUGGUCAUCAUAAUCCAAAAGAAAUACCUAUUAAAAGUCAAGUACAAAUUGCAGAUGAAGUUAAGAUUGGUGAAUUCACUCUUGGGAUUGAAUUAAAAAAGAAAUUUAAUGACUUUGUAGAAGUUACUAGUGAUGAAAGACCUGAACGUAAAGAUAUUAAGAUGCAUUCUGGUUUAUAUUAUCAUAGUUCUAAUUUAUGGCAACCUGAGGUAGGUGAUAUACGCAUACAAUUCUCCUAUGCAGGAAAAGGAGGAGAUAUAUAUUCUAUAGUUGGCAUGUUACAAAAAGGAAAUAUUGUACCAUAUAUUACAUCACAUGGAGAAGAAAUUUUACUACAAAGGAAGCACAAAAUAUCAGUAGAUCAAAUGUUUCAUUUAGAACAUGUGCACAAUUAUUGGCGUACAUGGAGUAUUAGAGGACUUGGUUGGUUAGUUUUAUUUUUAGCAGCAACAUGUUUAGCAAAUAUAUUGAGGACAGUAAUUUUAAAUUCAACAUUCUUAUGUGGAAUAAUCGCAGUUGAAUCUUUGACAAUGUCUGUAUCAAUGUCUAUUAGCCUACUAGUAAUUGGAUUUGCUUGGGUAUGGUACCGACCAGUAAUAGGACUUUGUCUAGCAUUAGCAUCAAUUUUACCAUUUAUUUAUUCAACAUUAACGUCAGCUUCUCAAUCUCAACAACGUGAUAGUUAUAGAAGAUUAUAA